AAAAAAAAAAAUUAUCAAAACCAAAUACCAAAAAUCUGGAGAAUAACAAGAUUAUGGACAGUAUGAUGAUGAUUCAAUUAUUAUACCCAGAUUUUUGAAAAAGUUCCUUUUUAUGCUUACCUGUACAUAAUUUCAUUUUCAUAUUUUUAUUUUUUUCAACAACAAAAAAAAUUGAUCCAAUAUAUAUAUAAGCCAUUCAUUUUGUGGACAUAGUCACCGGAGCUUGUUCCUUCUCCGAUCUCCUCCAUCCUUCACAAUUCAUCAUUGUUGUGAAUUCAUUGCAUCGGUUUUGGAGUUAGGAAGCAUGGGAACAGACAGCAAGCCGCAGCAACGGCAUGUAAUUAAUUUACAGCCGAACAGCGACAACAAUGGCUUCUAUAUGCAGAAGUUUCGGCUUUAUGAGACUCGUUCGAACUUCUACAUGAUAGGAUGGGAUAAGACCAAAACUUUUUGGAAAGUAUUAAAGAUUGAUCGAUUGGAAUCUUCAGAGCUAAUCAUUCAUGAAGAUCCUACCACAUAUUCAGAAUCUGAAUGCAUAGACCUCCUAAAUAGAAUACAUGAAGGAAACAAGUCUACUGGAGGGCUUAAAUUUGUUUCCCGCUGCUAUGGAAUUAUUGGUUUUAUAAAGUUCUUGGGACCUUAUUACAUUUUGGUCAUCACGGAAAGAAGGAAAAUAGGAAAAAUAUGCGGUCAUCCUAUUUACGCUAUCACUAAGAGCGAGAUGUUCCCAGUUCCAAAUUCUACUGUGCUUUCCGAUCUGGCUUAUUCUAAGGAUGAAAACAGAUACAAAAAGCUCCUGCGCAGCAUGGAUCUUACCAAGGAUUACUUUUUCAGCUACUCCUAUCAUAUUAUGCUUAGUUUUCAGAAGAACCUGAGCAACUCAAAGACAGGACUUGCCCUUUAUGAGACAAUGUUUGUGUGGAAUGAAUUCUUAACUCGAGAAAUUCACAGUCAACUCCAGAAUACUCUCUGGACUGUUGCACUAGUCUAUGGGUUCUUUAAACAGGCAACACUUACUAUUUCUGCGCAGGACUUCAUCUUAACCCUUAUUGCUAGACGUUCUCGCCAUUAUGCUGGUACCAGAUAUUUAAAAAGAGGAGUAAAUGCAAAGGGUUGUGUAGCAAAUGAUGUUGAGACAGAACAGAUUGUGUCCGAAGAUGAACCUGAAGGGUCCCCUUUUGGAGUAAGCGCAGUUGUGCAAAACCGUGGUUCAAUACCUCUUUUUUGGUCACAAGAAACUUCGCGCUUGAAUAUGAAACCUGACAUCAUAUUGUCUAGGAAGGACUUUAAGUUUGAAGCCACCAAACUUCACUUUGAAGAUCUUGUUCAAAGAUAUGGAAAUCCAAUUAUUAUAUUAAACUUGAUUAAGACUCAUGAGAAGAGGCCCAGAGAAACGAUUCUUCGUGCAGAAUUUGCAGAUGCGAUUGAGUUCAUAAAUAAAGAUCUUCCUGUGGAUGACCGCUUGAGAUUUCUUCACUGGGAUAUAAACAAACACCCGAGAAUGAAAGCUACAAAGGCCUUGACACGUCUAGGCGAGGUGGCUACUAAUGCUUUGGAGUUAACUGGCUUUCUCCAGUGUCAGCUUAUCCCUACUUCAAGAACUGAUGAGUUGCUAAAACUUUCAUCCAUCAGCUGUGGAAACAGAGAAGGCCGUGCUAGAAAGGACCUUUACGAAAUGGACGUUGAAAUGAACAAUGUGUGUGAUGAUCUUUGUGGAGCUUACUAUGUCAAACUUCUAUCAGUCCAAAAGGGAGUCUUAAGAACGAAUUGUGUAGACUGUUUGGAUCGGACAAAUGUUGGCCAGUAUGCAUAUGGGCGGGUUGCUCUGGCCCAUCAGCUGCAUGCCUUAGGCUUUGUAGAUGUGGACAACAUCAACAUUGAUUCACAUUCUCCUAUAGCACAUGACCUAAUGCAGAUCUACGAAGAAAUGGGAGACACUCUUGCAAUACAAUAUGGUGGAUCUGCUGCACAUAAUAAGAUAUUUUCAGAAAUACGAGGCCAAUGGAAAGCAACAACAAGGUCUCAAGAGCUCUUUCGGACGCUUCAGCGCUUCUACAGUAAUGCGUACAUGGACCCUGAGAAACAAGAUGCCAUUAAUGUGUUCUUGGGCCACUUCCAGCCAGAAGAGGGUGGGCCAGCUCUGUGGGAAUUGAAUCCAGAUCAGCAUUAUGAUGUUACGAGGCAUGGAUCAAGUCCAGCUGCAGAAAGAUCUAGGUCAUUUAUUAAAAGAUCGCUAUCAGAAGGAAACAUAAGUUGCGGUAGCAGCUCUCAUGGUAAAGAAACUGAUAUAGAUCAGACUGAAGACACUUAUCAGCCUUUCACUGACAGUGGAAAAGGUUGUAAGGGUAUUUCGGAGUCCACACCAGAAAUUUCUGCCUGUGACAGUGAUAUUCCGUUUACCAGGUACAACCCCUCACUGUCAAGCAAACAGUUUUUCAAUGAUAUGCAGUUAGAGCAAGCUCUCGGAAGUGAUUGCUUUAAAUUUCAAGAAGGUGCUUUGUUUGAUUCCUCAAAUUUUCUAGAUGUUGAUUGGCUCUCUUCAUCGGGAAAUUCAGGUGCAGAAGAAACAUAUGACAGAUCUUCAAUCAUGGCUUCUCCAUCUCGGGACUUGUCAUCAGAUAGUGUAACAAAUGAGCUUAAAGCAGAAACAGACCUCUCCGCUAGUGAUUCCGUGCCAGGCUUGAAGAAGGAGCAGACUAGCAGAAAUAUCGUUGUUGAUGCUAAAGAGAAGAAGAAGACACACCGGCAAUACUCUGAGAAGUUUGUGCGUUGGGUUAACGAAGGAGAUGUGCUUUUCCCUUGACAUCCAGUUCUGGACUCUUUUUGGAGCUAGCUAUAUAUUAUUUUGGAUAGUUACAUUGGAUAGACGGCAUCCUAAGGAUGUUGAUACAUAGAGAGAAAAUAGAAACAGCAAAUGACCAACAUUGCUUGAGGAAGAUUAGCCUAUACAAAGCUAUUGAGAUUGUAAACUUCCAGCAGCAUAGAAGUUUAUAUUAGGAAGUUUAGGGGUAGAUUGAAAAGGAAAUGUUCUUUUCAGUUGUUUUUGAAUCUUCUUUUCUCAGACCAAUAACUUUUGUAGGUUUCAGUUUCUGUAAAUAAUUUUAUUUAUUUAGAAAUUGGAGCUGAAUUUUUUCGUUUUGAGACA